AUGAGUGGCAACAUGGAAUACUACUAUAAUAAUACCAGUGCUUACUACCCAAAUGAUGCCUACUAUGGUACUCAUAUUGAGCCUGAAGAAGAGGAAGAAUGGGACCGAGAAAGUUACUUGGACCCCAUGUGGGAAAUUCAACAAAAGAAGACAUUCACCGCAUGGUGCAACUCUUAUUUGCGCAAGGCGAACACAAACAUUACUGACAUAGAAAAUGACUUUCGCGAUGGGUUAAAAUUGUUACAACUUUUGGAGACUCUCGCUGAAGAGCCAUUGCCUAAACCGGACCGAGGAAAAAUGCGUUUUCACAUGAUUACAAAUGUUAACAAGGCUCUAAAGUAUAUUGAAAGCAAGGGUGUUCAACUUGUUUCAAUCGGUGCUGAACAAAUUGUUGACGGGAAUAUUAAAAUGACUCUUGGAAUGAUCUGGACUAUCAUUUUACGAUUCUGCAUUCAAGACAUCACUGUAGAGGAACUUCACGCCAAAGAGGGAUUACUGCUUUGGUGUCAGCGAAAAACAGCACCCUAUAGUAACGUAAAUGUUCAAAACUUUCAUACGAGUUGGAAGGAUGGACUUGCUUUCUGCGCUCUCAUACAUCGACAUCGUCCGGAUCUUAUUGACUAUGCCAAACUCUCAAAGGAAAAUCCGAUUCAAAAUCUAAAUUAUGCCUUCGAUGUGGCGGAGAAAUAUCUUGACAUUCCCAAGAUGUUGGACGCUGAAGAUAUGGUUAAUACAAUUCGACCGGAUGAACGAUCUGUUAUGACCUAUGUUGCUGCUUAUUAUCAUGCAUUUGCAAAUGCUCACAACACUGAAUCAGCUGCUAAUAAGAUAGCAAAAGUUUUGAAGUCCAAUCAAGACACGGAAAAAUUAAUGCAGGAGUACGCCGCUCUGGCCUCGGAUCUCCUUAAAUGGAUUAAUAAUCAGAUCCCCUUCCUAGCGGAUAAAACAACGGAUGGUACUUUGCCUCAUGCCAAAGAAAAGCUUGCUCAAUAUACGGCCUACGGAGGUUCAGCGAAACCACCACGUGUGGAGGACAAGGCGUUGUUGGAAGCUUUAAAUAAUACAAUCCAAACGCGUCUGAAACUUGCUCACAAACCUGCCUUUAUGCCACCGGCAGGGCAGUCGAUUGACUGGCUUCUUAACGAAAUUCGUCGUUUGGAACAACUUGACUAUCUAGUCAAAAAGUUCAGAUUGAAGUGCUCUACCCAUGAGGCCUGGUCCAAGGACAAGGAGGCGACAUUGAGUACACGCGACUACGAAAAUGCCUCCUAUGCUGAGCUUACUGCUAUGGCCCAAAAGCAGAACGCCUUCGAGACUGAUCUAGGUGCUCAUCAGAAUCGUGUCGAGAGGAUUGUAUCAAUCGCGGAGGAACUGAAUGCCCUUCAAUACGAGGAUGUGAUCAGUGUGAACAAGAGGACACAAGAUAUUGUCUCUCAGUGGGACAGGCUGGGAGAGAUAUCAGCUAGGAGGAAAGAAGAAAUUGACAAACGGUUGGAGGUGUUAAAGAAGAUUGACAAUCUGCAACAAUCCUUCGCUAGACGUGUUGGUCCCUUUUCCAAUUGGUUGGAACAGGCGGAGGAAGAUUUGCAAGACAUGUUCAUUGCGGAUCGAGUGGAAGAGGUUUCGCAACUGAUAAACGGCCACGAAGCCUUCAAACGCGCAUUGCCCGCAGCCCAGGAGGAGUUGAAUUCAAUGCUUCGCGAGGCUGGUGAAAUUGACCGUUUGGUUGAACAGCACGACCUACCACGUGAGGUGGCCGUCAAUCCCUACACCAUGAUUACACACGAGACUCUUCACGACCGCUGGGGCUGCGUUCAGAAGCUGGUGCCUGAGCGUGACUCAGCCCUGGAAUCGGAGUUGGCAAAGCAGCAACGCAACGAACAACUGCGCGCCCAAUUCGCCAUGCAGGCUAACCGAUUGGGACCUUGGUUAGAGCGCGCUCUAGAUGCAUUGUUUGCAGCCCAAAGUAAUCCCACGACAGCUUCCCUGGAGCAACAGAUGGGCGGAUUUAAGAGAAUGGAAGAGGAGUUGGAGAAGAUGAAACCCGUCAUUAUGGAAGCGGAGCGCUGCUACCAGCAAUUACAUAUUCGCAACCAAACUUCUUCGUUGUGGAAUUUCAAAGCAAUUUCGACGUUAGGCUCAUUGGAUGACCUAGACUUUUAUUCUUUUUUAAAGCAAUUACAAGAAAAUGGCGUCUACACAGUGCCUCAGACCCAGUACACCAUGGACACACUUCGUCUGGGUUGGGAACAAUUUCUCACCAAUCUAAAACGCGCAAUCAACGAGGUGGAGGUGCAGAUCAUGACUCGCGAGGCUCACAACAUUAGUGAGGCCCAAUUGAACGACUUUCGACGCUGCUUCAACCACUUUGAUCGUAAGCGGUUGAGACGAUUGGACCUCUCGGAGUUUAAGGCCUGUCUGGUCUCGCUGGGAUUUAACAUCCCCAAUACGCCGGAGGGAGACGCCGAUUUUCGUCGAAUCCUCGCCAAUGUUGAUCCCUCUGGCUCAGGUUAUAUCACCUUCGACUCUUUCAUGCGUUUUAUGACUCAACAGGCCUCGGGUUCGGAGAGCGCGGAACAACUGAUCGACUCUUUCCGUGUGCUAGCCAAUGAACAGCCCUUCGUAACAGCGGAGACGAUUCAACGCGAGUUACCACCCGAACAGGCGGAGUACUGUCUGCAGAAGAUGAAGCCCUACAGUGGUAACGGUGCAGUUCCCGGCGCUCUCGAUUAUAGUGACUUUUCCAACAAGAUCUUCGGUGAGACUGACCUUUAG